CGGAACAGGAAGGAACGUUACAGAUAUCGUUUCGGUCUCUUCAUUCAUAGAACCAGGGGUGUUCUAUUACUUUGUUUUUUUUUUCUUCGGACCACCAUCGCCAUGAAGCUAGGCACUUUUAUUCCAUUGCUUUGCAUGUUACUUGGUAUCGUGGAAUCUGAGGACGCUGUCGAUUCCGAUUGUGAUUACUUCCAACAAUUAGAACCAGGGCGUAAUUAUUAUGUAUAUAAUCCUAAUUAUCCAGAUUAUUACUUAGGUCAACAUAAUUGUCGAUGGAGAGCUAAGAGUAAUACACGAGUUAAAUUGAAUUGUUCGUUUUUCGACGUUCCUCCGAGUGUGAAUUGUUCAAUGGAUUAUAUAAAAGUCAAAGUCGGCGAUGGUAUCGAGUACGUUUUUUGUGGAUUGGAUUCUUUCGUAGUGGAAUCGAUAUCAUCGGAAAUGACUAUAUUAUUUCAUUCGAGAUACAAUACUUACGGAGGCAAAUUUCGAUGUGAUCUCAGAAUGGUCGAAGAUAGUUGUAGAUGCGGUUGGAAGAAUCCGUCGAGAAUCGUAGGCGGUAUUGAAACAGGAGUAAACGAAUAUCCUAUGAUGGCUGGCAUUGUAAAUUUUCACACGCGUAUUCUAUUUUGUGGUGCAACUAUAAUAUCUCCGCGACAUGUACUAACGGCAGGUCAUUGCGUUCGGAGAGAAGAUCCUGAUGAUAUAGGAAUCAUUGUUGGAGAACAUAACGUAACGACAGGUAGCGAAACAAAUGUAACUAAAGUUCAUCUCGUCAAAGAAAUAAUCAUACAUCCGAAAUAUCAGCCAAAAAAUAACGAUAUAGCGAUUAUUAAAUCGCAAACGAAGUUUGAAUAUUCCAUGAGAGUCGGUCCUGCGUGUCUUCCGUUUUAUUACAUGCAACGAAAUUUUACCAAUCAACUUGUUACAGCCUUAGGUUGGGGUACAACGAGUUUUAGUGGUCCCAAGUCUGAAGUAUUGAUGAAAGUUAAUUUGCAUGUUAUAACACAGAAGAAAUGUGAUCAGAAGUAUCCUAAUAUCACAUCUAAUCAGAUUUGUACAUAUGAUGAGGGAAAGGAUGCUUGUCAGUUCGACAGUGGUGGCCCAAUAUUAUGGCAAAAUCCAAGAAGCAAUCUCAUUUUCGAUCUUGGAAUAAUCAGUUAUGGUUCAACCUGUGCCGAUGAAAAACCUGGUGUUAAUACGAGAAUCACCAAUUAUUUGGAUUUUAUUAUGAAAUCGACUCCCGGUGAAACAUACUGUCAGGUGUAUUAAAGGAGGACUCGGAUCGCAUAUGUGUGUGUGUGUGUGUGUGUAUAUAUAUAUAUAUAUAUAUAUAUAUAUAUAUAUAUAUAUAUAU